AUGUUGUCCAACGCCAUCACCAUCACUCCCAGUAUCGAAGCGCGAGGUGUCGAGCCCUUGCAGGCGUUCGAGACCACGCGCCGUUUGAGCAUCCAGACGACUCUUCACGCUCAUGACGCGGUGUCGGGAGCAAGACAGAAAGCCGCCAAUGAGGCUCUCAUUGAGCGCAUUUCCGAGAUCAUCGCCUCAUAUCGUAUCAGCGGACCCCAGGACCGGUACGAUGAAAUCUACAAGCCCAAGAUGCUCGAGACUCUGCGGUACUUUGUCUCCAAGCAGGAACCCAUCAACAUGGUAGUCCCCGCCUACCCGUUCAAGAGCCCUAACCACGACGAAAAGGUUCUGGGACCCGAGCCGGAUGUCGGAGAGCGUAUGUCCCUGGAGCAUUUCAACUCCAUGGGUGCGCGUAUCCAGGAGAUCUACCCACCUGGUGGCCAUGUCACUAUCGUCAGUGAUGGGUGCUGCUACAAUGACCUGUUGGGCGUCUCUGACGAAGAGGUCUUCCGAUACGCGGAGGGUCUUCACCACAUCGUUGACCGACUGGGACUCAAGCACAUCAAGUUCUCGGACCCCUUUGAUCUGAUCGAGGGCUCGCACAGUGUUCCCUAUACCGAGGAGGACUAUGCCAGCCGCAUCGGUGAGCUCAAGGAUCGUCUAUGGGACACGUAUCUUCCCGCCGGCUAUGACUUUGACGCGGACCUGAAGAGAGACCCCAAUGCCACUCUGACGUAUCAGGGCUAUAUCCGUUUCCUGAUGACCGAUCUUGCUCUCUUUUUCAAGGAGAAGAAGAUGAGCAAGAACGCCGUCAAGAAACACUGCUCUAUCGUCGCUCGUGGCAUGAUCAAGCGCGGCAAGGCAUUCUCUGCCCUCGUCGCCAAAGCCUCGCCCUUGCACGUGCGUCUGUCGAUUCAUGCCAGUGACAACACCGACAAGCUCUCCGUCGCACUACUGCCGCACAAGCGAUACAGCACUUUUCCUGUCACUCCCUGGCACAACACCCCUUACCUGGACACAACUGGCGUUUCGCUCAGUCUGAACCGCAACCCCGCCAAGGGCGAGGCCUCCUACCGUGUCUGCCAGGAUGAGCUGGGCCUCAAGUUCCUCUGUGCCGAUGCGCCCAUGUACCGGGUCAUCGAGGCCAUCGAUGGAUCCGAGCUCGCUGAGAAAGUCCAGUUCGAGCCUCUUUACCCAUUUGGACUCAAGAUCAAGGUCCCCAAGGAUACCUCUAUUGGCCAGUUCCGCCUGGAACACGUCGCCGAGUUGGCCAAGGUGCACUCCCCCAUCAUCUUCGAGGGUCUGGACCCCAUGCAAUACACUGCCGAGAUUGGUGAUGAUUUUCGCCGUGUCGCCGGUGGUGCACUCUCAUUGAGCAUUCUGCACGAGGGCGUCGUGACCGGCAACAAGAAGAAGAAGAAGCACGUGGGCGAGUCCACUGCCAAGUCAUAUUUCGUGCAGAUCCCGGACACCACGGACGGUGGUAGUGGUGACCAGAGCAAGGGCGAUGGUGAUGACAAUGCAGCCAAGACUGCUGCGGUUCAUCCGUUCCUUCAGGCAGCUGCGGCGCUGGACGAUGUGCGGUAUCGUGUGCUGCACAACUGGCAGGUGGGCCAUGCAGUUGUUUCGGACCAUCGUGUUGCCCUGCCGGUGCACCUGAGCCCAUCUAGUCUGCGAGUCUUGCGCGCGGAAGUUUAA